GAGUCCUACACCAAAUACUCUAUUAGUCCCUCAACACAUAACACUUUGUCACAACAAGCUAAGACAUGCAGGUUGAGCAAGUACUUCACAUGAACAAAGGAGCAGGCGACACUAGCUAUGCUAUGAACUCAGCCGUUCAGAACACCAUUAUCUCUGUGUCCAUGGCUGCAACAAAGGAAGCCAUUGUAGAAACCGUGUGCUCCAAUUGGACAGACAACAUGGGCAUCGCCGACCUGGGCUGCUCCUCCGGACCCAACGCCUUGAUGGUCAUCUCUGACAUACUCGACACGGUGUGCGCCACCACGCGUCAGCUCGGGAGACCAUCGCUGGAGUUGAAGGUGUAUUUGAAUGACCUGUACACGAAUGACUUCAACAACAUCUUCGCCUCAUUGCCAAGUUUCUAUAGAAAACUGAGGCGAGAGAAAGGAAGCGAGUUGGGGCGAUGUUUUAUUUUUGGCGUGCCUGGCUCUUUUUACUGUCCACUCUUCCCAUCUAAUAGUCUUCACUUUGUUCACUCUUCUUCUAGCCUCCAUUGGCUUUCUCAGGUUCCUGCUGGGUUGGAUGGAGGGGGAUUGGUGAACAAGGGAAAGAUUUACAUAUCAGAGAGCAGUCCAAGGAGCGUGGUGGAAGCGUAUUCAAGACAGUUCCAGAAUGACUUUACAGUGUUCCUCAAGUCUCGUUCUCGUGAGAUGGUUCGUGGAGGACGGAUGGUCCUUUCCCUCAUUGGUAGAGACUCCAUCGACCCCACCACUCCCCACAGUUGCUACCAGUGGGAGCUCCUGGCCCAAGCCCUCAUGUCCCUUGUCUCCCAAGGUUUAAUUGAAGAGGAGAAGGUGGAUUCAUUUGAUGCUCCCUACUAUGCUCCGUGCAUGCAAGAGUUAAAAUUAGCAGUUCUGAAGGAAGGAUCAUUCAUGGUGGAGAAAGAGAAGGCAUGUGAGAUCGACUGGGAUGGCGGAGAUCAGGCGGUGGAGGCGGCGGGGCACUGGGAGGCGCUGGGAACGAUGACGAGAGGAGAGCGAGUGGCUCGCACCGUAAGGGCGGUGGUUGAGUCCAUGCUGGAAUCCCAAUUCGGAAGCCACGUCAUGGACAAGCUGUUCCAAGUCUACACUGAGCUUGUGGACCACUAUCUGUCGCGCACCUCCGCCAAAUACACCAACUUGGUUGUGUCCCUUGUCAAGCGCUCCUGACUUCGUGCGUACCUCUCGUUACUUCCCUAUUUCUCGACCAACCAAUUCCGCCCAAUAUCUCUAUCUCUCUACUGUGUAGCGUCCUUAUUUCAAACGUUGUAAUCUUUGCUUCUAGUACUGUUUAAUAAUGCGCGCUCUUAUAUGUCAUGCAUGUUGGGAAGUGCAUGCUUUAACUUCAAGUGGUCCAUAAUUGUGCCUGCAUUAUUACACAUCUUAGCUUGUGGGUUUGCAGUAUGUGAUGUAUAUGUGUGUAGAGGGAGUUAGAUUUGAUAAUUAUACUUAAUACAGACAUUAAAUAUCUGUACUAUCUGAAUCAUUAAAAUUCAGAUCAAUGGUUAUAAAUGUAUAUUUACUUAAAAUUAAUAAAUAAGUAAAUUUAUCCGAA